GAAAUGGAAAAAUUUGCACAUUUGUUGUGCUCUGACUGCAGUGCCGACUCCACGGCAGCUUCUUUCUUCUUUCGUCCAUACUUACUACUGCUACAAAUUAUAAGGUGAAUGUUUUCAAUACACCUCAACCUCUUACUACACUUACUCUUAAACAUAGAGCAAAAAAAAGACACCAUGACCAUGACUAAGAGCAGAGCAAGCAGUGCUGGGCAUAGCCCCGGCGGAGGUCACCAGCAAGUAGGGGGCUCUUCCAGCAGCACCGCUCCUGCUGGAGGUUCAAAACACGACAAAAAUAGAGGAGCAGCUGAGAAUCCGUGGCAGAGAGGCGAGUCUUUCGAUGAUCGUGCUUUGGGUCGGCAGCUCGAGAGUCAACGGCCAACAGCAGCAGCUAUUGGGUUCGGAAAAAGCGCAAGUCGAUCAGCGAGACAAAAGUGUGGAGACAUCUUGAUCUUAUGAUGCAGUUGUUGUUGUAGUAUUAAUUUGUGAUUCUAGUACACACAAGGACAGGGACGACGAGCAACUAAGGAGGUGGAACAAGAGUUGUAGUUGUAGUGAAUCUAGCUCUUCAGGCCUUGUCCUUUCAUCAAGUUGUUGAUGUUCAUCAAGUGUAAGACUCAUACUCAUAGCACUUUCAUCUUUUAUCUAAUCGCUAAAGGCGGAAACACGGACUUCUUAGGUCGUACAUCGCCAGGAGUGACGUAUGAUCUGAACACGAGUUUGCUCGACAGGUGGAAAGGCUGCACCUUCGGAACGUCUCAACGGCCGCGAUCAGCGAGCAAUAUACCAAGCUAUGGCCCAACAUACAACGACUUACACGGAAUUGUACCGAAGUUUGACAAGUAUCGCAACAAACGGGAGGGCCAGACAGUGUUUGGAAAAGAGACGAGGGAGGUACUCGUCAGGUUGUUGCUUUGGAACAAGUUGUUUCUUCAUUUAUAAUCAGCUGUAGUCCAGCGAGAUACACUCCUCCAUGUCCAUGUCCAUUGCAUCUUCAGGCUGGUGCCAAGAACGGCGCGAAUGUGUCGAAGGGUGCUGGAAAUGCAGAAUUCUACGCAAGAGAGAGUCCUGGGGCAAUCUACGAUCCAAACGACAGGCUUGUCAAGGCAACGUAUACACGACAUUACACGAUGGGAGCAAAGACGAAAAUUAGGACCACAGACGAGAAGAUGAGACUUGUUUUGCUUUGAAGAUGUUGAGAAGUGUGAGUGCGUUGUCAGUGUCGCAACAUAAGAUUAUCUUCGAGAAGUCUCCAGCACCGUCAUUCUCAUCCGCAUCCUUCCUUUUCAACACCUCUCCCUCUAACCUUCUGAUAGUUGGAGCCAGAAAACCUGCUCUCCCAGGGUCUGAUCCUGUGAGUUCCCUUUCGACCAAACCGAACCCUGGCCUAGGAAAACAGGUAGAGUCCUGCAAAGCAACAGCACCAAUUCGCAGUUUUAGCAAAGCGUCGAGAUUCAAGGUCCCUGGUGCGCCGAACAGUGGAGAGGUGGAGAGGCCUGUUAUGAGUGAAGAUUUUCGGGUUUUUCUGAGCAUGCGUUCCACCUGAGUAGCUUUUUCAUUUCAGACAUGAUCAACUACUAGUACCUUAAGGAAGUCCUAUCAAAUUAUAAGACUCUUUUGCUUACAGAAAACGAUUUGGAGCAAGUACGUCGUAUCUUCACGACUUCCACCUCCUUCUAAUCCCACCGCCCCGCGACCGCAGACAAGUCCCGCAGCAGCAGCCUUUCGUGCACGACCUGGGAGCGUAGAACUCCACUCUUCCCGCCUGUCCUCUGCGGCUAACGGGAAGAGUGGAGUUCUACGCGCAGGAUAUGGAGGUGCGGAGGGGGACGGACCCGGAGUGGAAGGUCAAACUGUAUGGUUCUGGUAUUUGAUAACCUGAGUUUGAUCCUAAGGGUUCUCUUCUUGUUUUCCCUUAUGAUCAAAUUCAGGCUAUACCAAAAAUACCGGAACCAUUCAUAAACACAAACGGGAGGAGCAAAUCUUCCCACUAGUCUAGGUGCUGCUCUUGCAGGUGCUGGAGAGCAAACAAGUGAUCAGCCAACAAUAACGAAGCCUUUGACGAACACUUCUGGUGCUUCAUCAGGAGCGACGAAAAAGAAUGCAACUCGAAUUGGAGGACAGCUAAACAAGCAGACUCUGACACGACACCCAAGUGCUCCUGGACCUGGAGGAAUCGUGCUGACGAAGAUUCAAAGAGGGUUGGGCAAGCAGAUCGAUCUCAAGAGUGCACCGGUGUAUCGGAUUUUUAAGGCUAUCACUUAAUUAUCAUGAAAGUUAAAAUUUAAGAAUAAAUGAGUCUUCUAAAAACUAUUUUCCGGAGUAGUAACUCACACUCAGUGGUCAUGUCCAUGUCUUUAUGGAGGGCCGAUUUUUAGAGUGAAGGAUGUAAUCGUAAAUAGAUUGAUACUGGCUUACUUGAAGGACGAGCUAUCUCUAACAUCCCCUCAGUCUCUCGCGACCAGCGUAACGCGGCUGGGAACAUGAUCACGCCACAAGAUCGGGGACCACUUGCGAAGUUCCAGCAUAUGCAUUUGAAGCAUAACGCCAAUGUGCCUAAUCCCUAUGAGGCAAGAAAGUGGAUGCCGGUUAGCUGAGAGGGAAGAAAAUGGAUGCUGGUUAGCUGCUAGCGUGGGAGGAAGAAGAUGGAAGCAAUGUGGUCAAGGGUAAAAAGCACUUGUUUUUACGCACGGCAAGGCAGCGUAAUUAAGUCGAGACCAACAACACCAUAGUGGCAAUUGAAUUUUUUGUCUUAUCUCGACGGCUCGCAUUCUGGUGACUCUACUCUCACGCUCGUUAUUGAUCUAAACAGCAUAAAAAUGCUGUUGGAGCAGAUAGUCAGUACCCUAAGAUCGAUGUAACUCCUGAACAAGACCCAGACGAGAUAUACUUUUAGCUAAAAUUAGGCGCUCUUUUUGACACGUGGUCUCUUCAUCUAUAAUACUUCUUCUUGGUGUAUCAAAUGAAUAGGUAAUAUUUGGCAAUUUUGGCUUGUUACCUUCUUGUUCUUGCAGUGUUGCUUUCUCGCUUUUAUAUAGAUACUUAUCUUUUUUUGGUUGAACUUGAUGUUCUUCUUCUUAUACGACUGGUUUUGUUCAACGCUACUUUCUGCAUAUCGCACUUGAGGAUUCUUCUCCAGCUGCGUGACGGUUCUGGCGCUUUAUCUUUACUGCAAUUAAGUAACAGAGAUCACUGACUUCGCAGUCCCUGUGGUAAAGGAAAAAGGGCUUUUUGUGCGUCAGUACACCUGUUCAUGAGCGAGAAGGUCACUGUAGUUGACCAUCCAACAUUAAGUUUGCCAGUAGACAGAAAAGAAAAAACGGUAAGAAAGAUUUCAUCAUCCUCGUUUUCCCUCACAAGCCCAAAAUAAAAGAUAGAGCCAAAAAAAGAGAAACGGUAGUGCGGAUUCAAGCAAGCAAACAGAGCAGUGGC